AGAAGAGAGAACUGAGUCCAUCAGUAAUAAGCCAUUUAUUUCAUGCAAGCAGGCUAAACUGCACAUCAAUUGGAGAGAAAGACCUAUUAAAACUAGAACCUGAUCCCUCUGAGACCUUCCUAUGUGCCUUCCUCCAGACUUAUGAAAGUGCAAGGAGUCCACUCCGGGCCAUCAGCAAGUCACAUACUCAGUAAAGAUUGGAAAGAUGAGCCUUUAAACAGAAAGGUCAGAGUGUCUAACAUCAGAAAGAAGAGAAGGACUUAAAACGUGAGAAGGAUGAGCUCAUAUGCGGAUAUCUGCAGCUCCAAGCAAGCGCAGAGCGGCACGGAGGGAAGUUAUCAACGCUAUGGAGUUCGAUCCUAUCUGCAUCAAUUUUAUGAGGACUGCACAGCUUCAAUUUGGGAGCAUGAGGAGGAUUUUCAGAUCCAGAGGUCACCUAGCAGGUGGAGCUCUGCAUUCUGGAAGGUCGGACUCAUCUCUGGGGUGGUUUUUAUGCUGAUCGGGUUAACAGUUCUUGUAGUAGGUUUUCUUGUGCCACCGAAAAUCGAAGCCCUUGAGGAAGAUGAUUUUGUUGUUGUGGAUAACCAUGCCAUUCAGUUUAACGGAGCCCUUGAUAUAUGUAAGCUGGCAGGAGCGAUCUUAUUUUGUAUUGGCGGGACCACAAUGGCAGCAUGCCUGUUGAUGUCUGCUUUUGCUAAAAGCUACUCCAAAGAAGAAAAGUACCUUCAGCAAAGGUUUAAAGAGAGAAUAGCAGAUAUAAAAGCCCAUGCACACCCAGUCACAAAAGCACCAGCACCAGGAGAAUCGAAGAUACCUGUCACUUUGUCCAAAGUUCAAAACGUCCAACCUUUAUCAGAAACCUGACAUUUCCCUUUUUAAUUUAUACAUCAUUUAAUUUGAAAAGGUCAGCCUUUGUGAGCAUAUGAAUUUGUAUUUACAGUACAGCUUCAAGUACUCUGCUCUGUAAGAGGGGAACUGAUUGGAAACCUUAUCUAGCAGAAUUUAAAUGUUGGCAAAUGAGGGAAGUUUAGGUGAUUAGUGCUUUGAAUAAUGUAUACACGUUCAAAUAUAUGAAUUGUGUAAACAAGUGUUCACCUAUGUUGAUCUAGGUCAACCUACCAACACGGUUACAACAACACUGGAGGGGGAAAAAAAAGAUUUUUAAUUUCUUAUCAGUUUGUGUCAUUUGAGAAAAAUGGGCAUUUUUAUACCAAUUGUAUCAUGGCCAUCCAAAAUUAUGCUCUGUUUAAAGUAAAUGUGGUGUGUUCUUUUUUUAGCUAUGGUAGUUUUUAAAACUUUUUUUAGACUUGGUGUUCUUUCACUUUCCAGUCCUGCUGUACAUGGGGUAAUAUCCUGCCCUCUUUACCCAUGUUUGUAGUCCUGUCAUUUUCAAUAGUCUCUAUAAAAAUAAGAGUGUACAUGUACACAUUCUAGGUCUCUCACACAGAAGAACCUAUGCUGCCCCAAUUUUGAUUAAGGCACAUCAGCCAACAGUGUUUCCAUAUGGGAAACAAACAUAAUUUUAGGCCCAAAUUUGUCACCAUCCCUCCUUUUUAAAAUCACCAAAUUUUAUUAACAAAUACAAAAUAAGGAAAGCAAGAUUAUGAAACAUCCUAUUUUAAUUAAGAAAAAACUCCACAUUUCCCCAUUGGUUGUUUGGUGUGGUGUCCCUCAUCAUGAGUCUUUGCCAAACAUUCUUAAAACUCAUAACGCACAUUUGGGCCUUGGCAGGAUGGGAAUUAGACUAUGGUUUAAAGCAGUGGUCACCAACUGGUCGAUCGCGAUUUCCGGUGGCAGCACAGUAU